UCUGCUACUAAAAAAAUCUUCACUUCAAAAACAGUAAAUAAAAUUGGAUUUCAUUCAGCUUUGGUGUUGUGCUUACUUUGUUUUUAUUUGAUGAAUUUGAAAGCAAAUAUUUAAUUACUAAGCAAACAUCUUUUUAAACAUGAGUAAUACAAAUGUAUUAGCUGAAAAGCCAUCUGAGUGUAAAGAUAAACUGAAGGAAGAGAUUAUAGAUGGAAAAACGAAAUUAAGAAAAUGGCUUAACAUGAACUUUAGGAUAGAAAUGACUGACGGGAGAGUGCUAAUUGGUGUUUUUCUAUGUACAGACCGUGACGCCAAUGUUAUAUUGGGGGCAUGUUCAGAGUACCUCAAGAGCAGUGACGGCGAAGCUGAGGAGCCAAGAGUGCUUGGUCUAGUCAUGGUCCCAGGCCGCCACAUAGUGUCCAUCCAGAUAGACGACACCGCCCCACCACCAAAGUUCUACUACGAUGAUUGACUUAUCCUUGCUGUGAUUUUUGGUAUAGCUUUCUUAAUUUACUAUUUAUAAAAAAAACUUGUACAAAUCAAAUAAUCUAAAAAUCUCUACAAUAACAAUAAUAUACAUAGUAUUUAAUUUCAUAUAAGAAAACACAUAAUUCGUAA